AUGGGUGACGCCUACGAACGCGAACGACAGAACAAUGCCCUCCUUAACUCCCUCUCCGGGAAAGUGUCCGCUCUGAAGUCUGUAACUAUCGACAUUUACGACAACGCCCGCGACCAAAAUACCCUCAAUAACUCGAACGAAGUCUUUUCCUCCUUCUCGACAAAUCUCAAAGGAAGCGCCAGUCGCUUAACCCGUAUGGCACGGCAAGGAGAUACUAUCGCCGUGCUCAAAGUCGCGGGAAUCUGUGCAGGUGUUGGCGUGGGGACAUACAUCAUCACGGGGUGGAUCUUUUAA